AUGGACCGACAUUUGGUUUCAAUAGCAGGCCCUGUGUGUGCUCCAUCAAUGUUAAUCACUUUCAUCAAUAUGGUAUUGUUCAAAGGUAGUGUUCCUCCCAAAGGUUGUGAUGAGUUCAUGUAUAGUGGACAGAAAGGCUUGCAGAGGUUCUUUGUUGUUCUUGCUCUACUGUGUGUUGCUUGGAUGCUUCUUGCAAAACCCAUUGUUUUGAUAAUGAGGCACUGCAAAGCCCACCAAACGCUUUCAAGCCACCCCGUACCUGCAGAGAAUGGCAUGGAUGCGAAGGUGGGAUCGAUGUCAGGGACAGCACACAAGGACGGUGCAGAUGGGGCUCCCGCACCACGGAGCAGUGAAGACCACGACCUGGGAGAAAUCUUCAUCCAUCAGGACAUCCACACGACAGAGGUGGAGUUCCAGAGUAAGUUCUAUGCUGGUGCAGGAUAUUCAUUCCUGCCAUUCUCAUUCGAGGCAAUCCUGGAUUCUGCAUCUCAAGCACCGUAG